AACUGUAACAAAGAUGACAAACUUUAAUUUUGGUUUUUCCCUCCUACUUGUAGUUAUCUAUGGAUCUAUACAAAUGAGUCAUUCUUGGUGCUGUGAUAAAAUCAAAAGAUUGGUUGAUUCAAAAAUGGAUGCUUAUCAAGUACUGGGUAAGAAAAAUACGUCACUUCCUCCUAAUUGCGGUGAUGACAUCAAAACAGAAGUUAAAUCAUAUGAAAGGUCGUAUGCAUCAUUAUGCUUAAACAGAACUGACGUUGAGUUCCGUCAAUUCAAUGCAAGAUUUACAAAUCUUGGAGCCACUGGUCGCCAUGGUCCAACAUCAAUUGGUCAAUUUUACAAUGGUCAGGAUCACGAAAAUAUGGUAACCGUAUCAAAAGGUAUCCAGUAUUGGACAGUGCCUUACACUGAAACUUAUAAAAUUACUGCUGUCUGUGCAAUAGGGGGUCAUGAUAAUUAUGGCUCUGCUUAUAGAGAAGUUACUAUCGCAAGGGAAAGUGCUGCUCGGGCUCCCCUUUUCACCCAUGGGACGAGUGCUUAG